AUGGAUCCUUCGUCCAAUGAGCUCACAUCCGAGCUCGACGCCUUCCGCAAACAGUGGCUCUCUGAAGUACAAUCCAAGCGGGCCACUGCUCCCGCCACCUCCGCGAUUCAGCAAGGGCCGCCCCACACCGGCUCUUCCGCUCAUGCAACGGUGCCGAUCUCGAGCGUGAUCCGGGCUCGGAGGGAAUCGGGAUCCAAGGUUUUAGCUCCGGCCCCGGCUCCGGCGGCCCAGGCUGGACAUGACGAUGAUGACCAUGCGCAGCCGCCGGUCUUUGAUGAACUGUUCGGCGAUGCUGCUGCCAGGAAGGGAAAGGAACCGGAGGGGACGCCGGAAGAUACCGGCGACGAGGGUCUCGUGUCGGCUCUUGAUCACUUUGAGGCCGCUGUGAUGAGAGAGGCUCAGGGAAAUCUUGGGGAUAGUUUGAAUCUGUACCGGAAGGCGUUCAGGAUGGACAGCCGAGUAGACCAAACGUACCGCAAGAAACACUUCGGCGCCCCAGCAUCUCGCCCUCCCCAACCCACCACAUCACCCACAACCACGCAAGCCUCACUAGCAAGGCCCGCCGCCCGAGUCAAACCGCCUACCUCCCAAUCCAUCGGCGACCUCAUCUCCAGCUUCCAAGGCCUCGUCAUCGUCCCGGCCCCGCCCAUAAUCCUGGGAACCCCGGCACCCCCGUGUCCCAUCAGCGAUCUCCCCGAGGAAAUCCUAUGCCACAUCUUCCGCGAUGUCGCCAUCCUGGACGUGGCAGACUUUGCCCGCCUGUCCCGGGUAUGCAAACGUUUCGCUUACGUUGUAGCUACGGAGGAACGCAUUUGGCGCCGUGUUUGUCUUGGAUCCGAGUUUGGUUUUGCUGGCAUGCAUUAUCGUUUCCAGACCGAUGUUCAUUGGAAUGCCUUACCGCCUACAUUCGACGAGGAAGAGGAAGACGAGGGAAGUGAAGAAAAGGGAGAAAAGACAGAAGCCGUUAUAACCUCUGUAGAGGAGUCGUCCCCUCCUGCGCUAUGGCUCUCCCCUGAAGAACAAGCCGAGCGAAUCGCCCACCGCAAAGAAUCCAUCACCCUCUCCCUCCUACCAACCUUCUACUCCUCCUCCUGGAAGCAAAUGUGGCGCAACCGGCCCCGAAUCCGCUUCAACGGCUGCUACAUCUCCACCGUCAACUACAUCCGCUCCGGCAUCUCCAACGCCAACCACAUCACCUGGAACAGCCCUGUCCACAUCGUGACCUACUACCGCUACCUCCGCUUCUUCCGCGACGGCACCACCAUCAGCAUGCUGCACACCAGCGAACCCGUCGACGUGGUCCCCUACCUAACGAAGGAGUUCGUCGAGACGCACCGCGGCGGCGCGGCGCUACAUUUACCUUCCUCUGUGAUGCGGAAUGCCCUCCGUGGACGGUGGAGGCUCGUCUCGGGUCGAGGCGGAGACGAGAAUCCGGAGGGCGAUUUGGUCGUGGAGACGGAAGGGGUUUCGGAUUAUAUUUAUAGGAUGGAUCUUUCGCUACGGAGCGCCGGGAAGGCGGCGAGGAAUAAUAAGGUUGUUUGGAGGGGGUUUUAUAGCUAUAAUAAGCUGACGGAUGAUUGGGCGGAGUUUGAGUUGAAGAAUGAUAAAGCUUUCUUCUUUAGUCGGGUGAGGAGCUAUGGGUUGGGGGAAUGA